GUCCCCGCCGGGGCCGCAGGGGGCGCCCGUGCGCUGCCUCCGCCACUACGCCGGGGCCGGGGGGGCGGUGGGCCCCGCGCCGCGCUGAAACCGGGCGGUGCUGAGCGGAGCGGCGGCGGUGCCCCAGGAUGCUGUUCCCGCUGGUGCUGUGUGCGGCGGUGCUGGUGGGGGGUGGUAAAGUUCAAGAUGAUGAGUGGAUUGACCCCACAGAUAUGCUCAACUAUGAUGCAGCGUCGGGAAGGAUGAGGAGACCUUACAAGGCAAACUAUCAUGACUCUGAGGAUAAGACGGUGGAUACAGUCAGUACUGAAACAUUAUCGAGUUGUUCCAGGGAAGUAGAUUCCUUGCAACAGAAGAUUGCAGAGUGUGAGAAGAGGAUUGCCAAAUCACAUGAAAGCCGUAGCUUUUAUAUUUUUAAGCGAUACUUGAAUAAGAUUUUAAAUGAAGCUGGAAAGCUUGGCCUUCCUGAGGAGGAUGUGGACCAAGUCCAUUAUGAUGCUGAGAUCAUCCUUACAAAACAGACAUAUUUAGAGAUCCUGCGGUUUCUCAAUGAGGAAACUUGGCAGUCGGGUGCUGUGGAUGAUGCGCUUAGUGAUAUUCUGAUCAACUUUAAGCAUCACGAUCACAAAGCUUGGCACUGGAGAUUUGAAGACACUUUUGGAAUUGAUCUAUAUAAUAUGUUUCUGAUACUGUUAUGCUUAGCGUGCGUUGUCACUCUAAUUGCUACGGAGCUCUGGACACGCAUUCAUUGGUUUGUUCAGCUAAAACGUGUUUUGUUAAUAAGUUUUCUCAUCAGUUUUGCGUGGAAUUGGCUUUACUUGUAUAAGGUGUCCUUCGCGCAGCAUCAAGCAGAAAUUGCGAAAAUGGGGCAGUUUGAUAAUGUCUGUGCUGAGAAGUUGGACUGGAGGGGGAGUCUUAUUGAAUGGCUCCGAAGUAAAUGGACAUUUCAGGAUGACCCCUGUCAGAAGUACUAUGAAACUCUACUAGUAAAUCCUGUCUUGCUUGUUCCACCAACAAAGGCAUUGGCAAUUACUUUCACCAACUUUGUAACAGAGCCCUUGAAGCACGUAGGACAAGGUAUUGGUGAAUUCAUCAAAGCGCUAAUGAAGGAGAUACCGUUUGUUCUGCAGAUUCCAGUGCUGAUUAUGAUGGCUCUGGCUGUUGUGGCUUUCUGCUAUGGUGCAGGAUCAUCGGUGUCCGUGUUGAGAUACUUAACAUCUUCUCAGAAGAAAAGUCUUCCUCCACCUGAAAGUCACCAGGAGAAAAUAGACUUCGGGCAGCAGAAGCUUCCGUAUGUUUCUAGAGGACCUUAUGACAGAGGAGAUGCUCCUGUGAGACCAGGAAAUGGCAGCAGAAGUCCUGACGUGCAUGCAAGCGAUGACCCAGACACGCAAGUAGAAGAGUCUCACAAACAAGAACCUGGUAAUAGAUUGCACCCCGAGUGUGAAGUUUGUAGACUAGAAAGUAUCACAGCUGAAAACCUUACUGAAGAACACACACUAGAGCAGCAGAAGCAGGAGACAGGCAAAGCAGAGCAAGAGACGGCUGAAAAUUGUGAUCCUCAGAAAAACCUAGAAGGGAAAAGUUCUGCAGUGGAACCAUAUGAAGAGAAGAAAAAGAGCAGCGCGCAUGACUCACAGGAAGGAGACUGAGGAAGCCUCACACCCUGCUGUGGAGUAGAGGAUGUUGCCACUGAAGCAGCUGGGAAUCUGUUCUUCUCCUGGAAGUAGCAUCUCUGGUCAUCCAUCCUGUUACUCUGGAAUCGACUCAGCAGAUCAAAGAACCCUUCAUCUGCCAUUGUCUCUCGACU